GCUACGAAUAGUCGAAGUGUUUAAAACGCGAUAAACGUUGCAAUUAAAAAACAAAAACAUGAAACAUUUUUCAACCAUUUUUGUAAUAUUUUCAAUAAUUUGCUUACGCUUUGCAUUAUGCGCCAGAGACAAGUGUCGUGCGGACGAAACGUUGUGCGUUCGCUCGUGUUGCAAUUCAAGCGAUUUCUAUCAAGUGAAUGUCCAGAAAUGUGAACUGAUAUCGAAAUAUUGUCGUCUGUCAACGGAAACUAAGUUGAAUGUUUUCAAUGGCAUUCGCCGUUACAUGAAUCUGCUGAUGAAAUUUUGGCAUGAUGUCAGUGUUCCGUGUUUACGUUCCGAGGAUGUGGAUAUGCCGUGGCGUAAAUCAAAAACAGUGGAGAAGUAUCAGGACCCCAUAAAUAUACCCGACUAUUGUUUUAGCGCUCAGUAUAACUCGACGACAAAUCAAUUCGAUAUGGUACCCCUGAAUUGUGCCAAGGAGAAUACCUGGCACACCUAUACCCGAUAUGUGAUCAUAGUGGGUUUGUUGUUUUCGGUGCUACUUCUGCUGACAACUAUUUGCAUCUAUUUGACCAUCAGGGAGCUGCGUAAUAAUAUGCGUUUGAAACUAUUCAUUUGGUAUUUGACAUCCCUGGUCUUCGGCCAUACAUCGUUGAUAACGUGUGACGAAGUCAUUUGGAAUUAUGAGGGGAAGGAGUAUUUAAAAUUUGGAAUUGGUUUUAUCUCGUCAUAUUUCUUUAUGUCAACAUUUCUCUCCAUGAACGUGAUUGGUUUUGAAAUAUGGAUUACCUUUAAAAAGGUUCGUGUUGAAAAUAAUCCCCAUAACGAUAAGAAACGUUACCUGAUCUAUGCCAUAUAUGUUUGGACUGUACCAAUUGUGUUUUAUCUACUGUAUUAUUUGACACUGAGUAGCUUUUGGUCGUCGGGCCCCGUUGCCCUGAUUCUGUUGCAGAAUUUUAUUACAUUUAUCUUCCUAACCUACAAAAUAUGUGCAACGCGUUAUAAGGCGGCAACUAUGAGAAAAGAUGCAAAUCUUGUAACGGAAACCAUCAAAAUAAUUUUGAGUCUAUUCUUUAUGAUGGGCAUACCGCGCUCAUUGUUCGUUGUAUUGUUAUAUCUGAAUAACCUGGCGUACUUCAUGAUUUCCAAAUAUAUAUUUCUGUCCAUCGAAGCUCCGCUGAUUUUCAAAUUAUUUGUGUUGAAGAAGAAUGUUUGGAAUAUGUUAAAGAAUAGUUUUUUACAGAUUUUGGCACAAAUAUGUACAUCCCAGCACAACAACGGAUGAUGGAUCCUCGAUGCCAUGACUUUAACAAUUAUAAAAAUGUUUUUAAUAUUAUUAUCGUUAGAGAGUGUAUUGUGUUCAAUAUUUAUAGGAAAGUGUAUCCAGAAGACUGCAGACCUUUAGUUUUUAUUUAGUAUUGAUCUUAAAUUAUCCGACAAAUUUACGA